AGCCACGUUGAUGAGAGGCGGCCUUUCUGGGGGAGGUUGGGGCUUGAGCUUUCCUGGUUGGCUGUCAAAUUACAGUAAGAAAAAGAGAAGCGAGCAGCUAUUGCUUGACUUGCACCGACACUUGGGCGUCCACUGCAUGGUCGGCAAAACCCAGCUCAACCAAAAUUACUUGCCGCUUUUAAAAAUAAGAAUCACUCAUUCGUUGAUUAUAAAUAAAGUCGAUGGAAUAACAGGAACUAUUCAGUUUAUGGAUCGAUAUACUCUUACACGUGACGACUGGGACUCUAUUAUUGAACUUGCUGAAUAUAAAGGCCAACCAACGGUACUCUCCCAAAUAGACACGAGGACAAAGUCGACGUUUACGCGCCUUUACAACAAAAGCCAGCACGUGUUGCCGUUUUCACUAAAAGCCAAACCCUCCCGCCAACGCUCAGGCUCCCCGCCUUCAGUUUUCAAAGAUUAUGAGAAUGAGCGUUUUUCAGAGCCGGAAGUAAGUGAAACUUCUGGAGAAGAAGAAUUUCUUAAAGAUCGUAAUAUAAAAGCUAAAAGUUCUUCAAAAAAAACAAAUAAACGGAAAACUGCUUGUACUGAUGUUAAAAAAGAUCUUGAUGUGGAGCAGUCUACUAAAAAAUCUAAAAGUAAAAGAGCGAGGACUCACUGAGCAGACUUUUUUUAAG